AUGAACAUCCUUUUCCUUUGCACCGCGCACAACUCGCUGUCGCAGCGCCUGUACCUGACUCUUUCCAAGUCUCACAACAUCACCAUUGAAUAUGCCCUCUCAGACGAAGCCAUGAUCGAGGCGUCCAAGCUGUUCAAGCCCCAUCUCAUCAUCUGCCCUUUCCUCACCACACGGGUCCCUCGCGAAGUGUAUGAAAACUACCUUACCCUGAUCAUUCACCCCGGUCCGCCUGGUGACGCAGGACCUAGUGCCUUGGACUGGGUGUUGAUGGGCGACGACGGAACGGAGGCAGACCCAGAGGCACUUAUCCGGAACGGCACAUGGAGCGAAUUUGGUCGAUCGUACUGGGGUGUCACUGUCCUCCAAGCCGUUGAGGAAUUCGACGCCGGACCGGUAUGGGCGUUCGAGCAGUUCCCAUUGCAGAUCGAUUCUCCCAACAUCACAAAGUCAAGCGUCUAUCGCGGACCCGUCACGCGGGCCGCGCUCACGGCUACCUCGGCGGCCAUUGAGAGGAUCCAAACCGCCUGUAUGCAAGCCGUCUCACCCUACACCCCACCUCCCUCGCCCGGUAACUUGAAGUUCGCCCCGCACCUUGUCAAUCCGCUCCUCCAAGCAAAACCAGCCUACCGCGACGCCUCAGUGACACUGCAGAAGGCCUUCCUUGGCGGAGUAACACGCCACCGACCCCUUCUCAAGGCUGCCCAACGCGACUUCAACGUCCAGUCACACACGGCUCGGGAAAUAUCGCGAAGGAUUCGGUCUUCGGACUCCCAGCCAGGCUGCCUGACCAAACUCUUCGGUCCGUCCCUAUACGUCUACGGCGGUAUCAUCGAGGAGAGCGACGACUUUGUCGGCCAGGCGCGUCCGGGAAAAAUCAUCGCUUACCGAGACGACGCUGUUUGCGUCGCCACAUGCGAUGAGAAGGCCGUUUGGAUCACCCACGUCCGCCGUGUCAAGAAGAAGACGGACGUCAUGUUGUGGCCCAAGGUUCCAGCUGUCUCAGGCCUGCAGGAGCUGGGUAUCAUUAACGAUGAUGCUGUCGCACGAAAUUGCAUCUCCCGAGCCACCGUUGACUGGUCGCGAGCCCCGCAUACUACUCAGCAGGACGUUUGGGUCGACUUUGAGACCUUCCCAGGUGCCAGGCGGGUUGCAUUCCUCUACUUCGAAUUUUACAACGGCGCUAUGAGUACGGAACAGUGCACCCGCAUGAUUAGCGCUCUUGACUUUAUCAUAUCCACCCACGUCGUGGAACGUCCACUCAGUGCCGUUGUACUAAUGGGAGGCGAAGGCUACUUCAGCAACGGUAUCGCACUGAACGUUAUCGAGGCUGCUGCGGAUCCAGCCCUCGAGUCUUGGCUGAAUAUCAACCGCAUUGACGAUGUGGUACACUACCUCCUGCACGAGCUUCCAUCACGCAAGAUCCUUACCAUUGCUGGCAUCAGAGGCAAUUGCGCAGCGGGCGGCGUCGCCAUGGCUGCCGCAUGCGACAUCGUCCUCGCUGGAACUGAGGCGGUUCUCAACCCCGCUUACCGCGCCAUUGGUCUCCACGGCUCCGAAUACCACUCCUUGUCAUACACCGGAAGAUGUGGCUCGUCCGGCGCCACCAAGCUGUUGCGUGACAUGAGACCACUGUCGACGACUGAAGCCCGCACAAUGGGCUUGGUCGAUCACACAAUCCCCGGCUCUGGUGCCCUUCUUGACACUCGCAUGCGAAAACUCAUCAAGUCCAUGCUCACUUCUCCAAAGACACUGGCCCCGGGGAUCUGGAAGAGCAAAGUCGACGUAUCCCCCGCCGGCCUGGCCUGUGCUCGUGCGCAGGAGCUCGGAGAAAUGUCAAAGGACUUCUGGAGCCCGAGGUCGUCAAGAUAUCACCUUCGUCGCAGAGACUUUGUUCGCAAGAUCAAGGCUGCAAAGACGCCUCUUCGGUUUGCGGCACAUCGCCGCAGCGACGGGGAUCUCGACGAGGAGGAGUCGGACGAGUUUGACGAUGUCGUCAGCUUUGAGCGCAAAGCAAGGGCGGCGUUGAUGGCUGAGCAGCUGAAGGGUUACGUAGAGAGCGUGACGUUAUCGACGCCAGCUCAACAUGUGGCCGCGAAUCACGACUCCACUUCACAUCACACCAGGGCGGCGAGCGACAGCGCUGGCAAGCGGGACUUGAGGCCCGUCUUCUCGUGCUACUAUGACGUUACGGCAUGA